AUGCUUAAUGGAAAACCCGUAACGGAUGCAGAACGUAAAGAACUCCAGCUUACUAUCAGCCAUAAGUGUCUCUACUACUAUGCGGAUUCGGUGACUUGUGGAAGCUCUUAUACAGCAAGGCGAAAAGCGGUUGUCCAAGUUGCAUUUAAGCAGUUGGAAAGUUUAGGCGACCGUAUUGCUGAUUUAGCCACAUUUUCUGCCAAGUGCCUGCAAGCCGAUUAUCAAAUGAAUGGACUCCCAAUGUUUUCAAAGAUGCAGGACCAACUUAUGCUUGAUGUGUCAAAGAUUCACACAAGAUUAAGCCACCUGAAACAAUGGACAAGGGUAGUUCUUAGACGAAUCGAGUCUCUCCUCAGAAUCAGCCGAUGGGAACAACAGAUGGAUGAGUGGACAAAAUGGUUGGAAUUCAAGUCAUUUGGAACAAUUCGAGCUUACAUUUCUCAAUCAGUGACUGAUCUUGACUCUUCCAAAGAUGAGGACGAUUUUCGUGACACUAUGCACCAAUUAAUUAGUGCACUAUCCUGUAAAAAGCAAUGGCCACGCAACACAUUGCUCAAAUUAGAGACCAUUAUAGUAAUUCAAGAUAGAGGUGCUGAGGCUGGAAUGGAGAAAAUUUUUGAAGACAAUUAUGCCCGAAAAAAUGAACCUAAAUUUAUACCACCACCACCCCUGGAAGAAGACCCCGUGGCUUUAGCCACCUCACUUGAUAUCCAGCAUUUACUAAGUGGUCAGCCAUUUUAUGGGCCCCCUUCGAUACAACCGAUUCGAGUCGUUCCGACCUACGUGGAUCCAAAUUAUAAACCACCACCCCCAUUGUUUUCCUAUCCUGAAUCUGUUCCUGGUCUUCCCGAGCGAUCCCAACCUCUCCUUUUAUUUCUUGUCACGGGAAGUGGUGCAUGUGGCACUGUGAAACAUAAUAAGGAUCCACUCCAGUACUUUCAUAACUUGUUGUUUGAAAAGUCUAGGUACUUUAAGGAAGUACGACUCACAAACUGUAUUUGGACUGCAACUCAAUUAAAUUACUCACAGACAAACCAGGCAAAAUCACCGAAAGACGCUUCUCACUCGAUACUCUUUGUGGUGAAAGUUUUGGAAGAGUGUCUUAUUUCUGUUGGAAAAUCGAACGAUUGUUUAAUGACCAGUCACAAUGAAGAUUGCAUGAUAUUUGCACUCCGAAGACCUCUCUGCUAUUCUCCAGCAUACAUUGUGUACAUUUCUCAUAUUCCCAACGACAAGAAAGGCAAUUGGUAUGAGAGUGUUGCAGAUGAUAGUGACGUCACUUUAGGCGUCUCUAAAAUGUUGGAAGUCAUUUCCAAUCGCAUCGUGGAUUUGGGGGCUGCCCAAAGCAGAAGAAAUGUGCCGUAUUAUUUACAUCGAACCCAUGAUGGUGUCAAGGCGGAUUUGACUGCCGUCACAAAAUUAUUGCUUCUCUCCACUAAACAUACAGAUCCUUUGAUCAAACCAACAAGAAAUGGUGCAGAGCUUUUGAGCGUUACCAAGUUCUUGGGGCCAAACAUACUGGAUACCGUUACCUCGCUUGACCUGUCGGCUAAUCGGCUUGGUCUAGCCGUUGGACUUGAAGGAAUGAUUAGCCUGAAAAAGUUAAAUCUUUCCUAUAACAAUUUAACAACUUUAUCAGGCCUUCAUAAACUGCCCCAGCUAAAGGAAUUAAAAACCGGAUGGAAUUCUUUGCGAUUUUUUCACUCAAAUCUCAAUACUUUAGCUUGGGCUUGUAGCAAAUUACAAGUGCUGGAAAUCUUGCCUAAUCCUUUUCAGGAUGUUCGGGAUUAUGGUCACAUUCCAGUGCUGGCGAAUGGUUACCUUCCAUACCUUCAACGCGUGGAUGCUUGGGUCGCACCGUUUCAUCCACCCUCAAAAUGUCCCAUUUCCACCUCCCUUGAACUAUCAUGCAUAAAUGCAAACUUUAGUAAAGAAGUCUUGAAAUUUACAUGGGUGGGAGACAAUGUAACAAGCAUGGACUAUAGUGGACAAUGUGCUUCAAACCUCGACUUCCUUCCACCCUUCCCCCACCAGAAGGAAACCAUUUCCUCAAAUCGGAUCGGGGUGCUGUUGAACCUUUCGAAUAACUACAUUACAUCCUCCUCCCUAUUCACAAGCUCCAUUGUGCAAAACGCCGAAUGGAGAUCAUUUCUGGUGCAACUUGACCUGCAAGAAAAUGCAGUCACAAAUCUGGGAUGGAUGGGAAAUGGGUUGUUUCCAAACUUAAGAAUCAUAAAUAUGUCUAAUAAUCAGCUCAGUGACUUGGAUGCGCUGGGAUUUUCAUGUCCGAAUUUGGAACAUCUCCAAAUUAGUGGAAACCCAAUUCCUUGCAACUUUGAUGUUUUACAACCACUAAAGUAUUUGAAAGAAUUAAUGUCACUGGAUGCAUCUAGAACACCCAUUGCUACCCAUCCAGAAUAUUCAAUAUAUGUCCGAUCAAAUUUGACCGUUCAGAUCCUGGAUGGCGUUGGAUUAUAUUUGUGGAAUACAAUGAAAGCAGUUGGGAAUAAAGGAGGAAUUAUGUCGCAUGACUGGUUGGAAACGAGCUUGGGACCACAAAACUGGAAUAGUUUGACUGAACUUUCUCUUCCACAUUGUGACCUGCACAAAGUCGAAUUUCCAUCUCACAGCCUUCCAAAUUUAUUGAGUCUCGAUCUAACGGGAAACUGUUUGCAUACUUUGGCCGGAUUAUCAGUUCUCUUAAAAUUGCGUGUACUAUGCGUUAGUAAUAAUCGGAUAAAAUCCUUGGGAGAUCCUUGCCCUUGCUGUUUUGAGAAAAUGUUGGAGGCUCAAGGGGGUGCGAUCAAGAAUUCGGCUAGUGUGGAGUCCUCUAAAACUUCAUUGCCCAGGUCUAUGUCGCAGAAACAUCACCAGUCGCUUAUCAGAGGAGAUGGUGGGAAUGGAACUAUCGCAACGCAGUUAGGAGGUGUCAUGGUCAGACAAGAUAUUCAAAAGACGCUAUUCCCCAACUUGGAAGUUCUUGUGUUAUCACAUAAUGCAAUAUCGUCAAUAGAAAACCUACAUCUUCAUGCACUCCCAACUCUACGGACAGUGAUAUUAAACUGCAAUAAAAUCAAAGGUUUUGAAGGAUUGGACAGCUUGUCCACGUUGAAGGCACUUGUACUAGACAACAAUCACAUCACUCACAUCCCCUUCUCAUCCAUGAAGGGUUGCAACUCGCUAAAAAAUUUGCACCUGGAACAUAAUCGAAUAUCAGUAUUGCCUAGACUUUCAAAUUUGCAUAACCUAUCAGCCUUGCACAUUGGAUACAACAGAAUUCAGGUGAGAGAAUCGAUCAAUAACAUAGAAAAUGUGUUCAUCAUUAUCCUUCUUGUGUAUGUAUGACAAUUUUUAAUUAUAAGCACUGUUAUGUACAU